AAACAUUGUACCUCAGUCAGUGAUUUGAAAGAUGUUGGGCGAGCCUGUCUGUGCCUGCCCGAUUAUUCCGUUGGGGUCUCAAGAGUCAGGCUAAAAAACCGAGAGUGGUGGAAUUAUCUUUUUGCUCCCACUGGAAAUUGAAAUUGCAGUCUCGAGUGAGUACAGAUAUUAUUGGUGUAGUUGAAAGUGAAACGUGCACACAUGCAUAAUUACAGUUUGGUAUUGAAACCUGUGGUUGAUUUGAAGUUUUUCAGCAAGUCAUGUGAAGAGCAAAGUAAUUCCUUCGAGUGGGAGAUCCGUACGUAAUAAAUAAUACGUUAUAAUAACAUCAAGGUGAAUUUUGCUAUAAGAGUUUAAAGUGAAAUUAAAAUACGUGAUGAAUAUUAUUGAGUGGAAGUAUGCAUGGAGAAGAUCAAGAGUCAAAAGUCAUAUUGAAAUGAGUUUCACGUAUGCACGGUCAUGUGCCGGUUGCAUUUUGAGCCACAAUGCAUACAUAUAAUUUUGGAAUUGUGACGACGAGUGAAGAAGAGACCAAGUUAUUGAUUACAGCGUAGGUGUAAGAAACGGUGAAAAUUGUGAAAUUUUGUUCCUUUUUACAAAUUGUUAUUACAAAGUUGUUUCGCAAAUCAGCAUUCAUUACUCGUUUGCAUGAUGCACACGAAUAAUUGAAGGAAUAAAUUGGGAGCUGUGUCAUUCUGCUCGGAUGUGAUAUUUACGUUUUUAUCAAAGUGCGGUCCGUCUUCCCUGGAAGUUUGAAUUAUCUCAGCCAAAAGAAGGAUCUGCACAGGAAAUUGCUAAAGUGAAAGUAGUGGGAAACACGGAAAAGUGAAAGUUUUUACCAAAGUGGAGAACAAUGGACGAAGAUUGUGAUAAUGACGACAGAGGAUCUACCAGGGCAAAGAAGAAAGACGAAUUGGAGCUUUUCAACGAGCGGAUCAAAGAAGGAAAAUAUGAAAGAGAAGAUGUGCAAAAGAAAACUUUUGGAAAAUGGAUCAAUUCCAUGUUGGCUCGGGGAAAUCAUCCCCCAAUCAAGGAUAUGUUUUCAGAUCUCCGAGACGGAACCAAACUUCUUGCGUUAUUGGAAGUCCUCACAAAUAAACAAUUUAAACGCGAGAAAGGACGGAUGAGGGUCCAUCAUUUAAAUAAUGUAAGCCGUGCCUUAGAAGUUCUGAAGGAACAAGGGGUCCGUCUAGUUAACAUAAGCAACAACGAAAUUGUUGAUGGAAGUGCCAAAAUUACAUUAGCAGUUGCCUGGACCAUAUUUUUACAUUGGCAGGUCAAUGAUAUCAUGAAAGAACUCAUGGCAGCAAUGAAGCAAAAUAAUUUGGAGAAAGCUCUACUUGCAUGGUGUCAGCAAAAUACUGAACCUUAUCCUGGUGUGGACAUUAAAAAUUUUACGACAUCGUGGUCCGACGGACUUGCCUUUGCAGCCCUCAUUCACCGUUGGAGACCAGAUAUUUUAGAUUUCGGAAGUGUCGUCUCAAAGUCUGAUCGCAAUGAACGGCUAGAAAUGUCCUUCAAAGCUGCUCAAGAUGCGCUAGGAAUUGAUAAGCUGUUGGACCCCGAAGAUGUUAAUACAAAUGUGCCAGAUAAAAAAUCUGUUAUGAUGUACGUAAUGUGCCUUUUCCAAGCCUUAGCCCAUAGUGGUCUGGAACCACCACCACUGCCAACGACAACAUCCUUACAGGACGCUAUAGUAUCUGCAAAAUUAGAGGAGGAGGCGUCCCGUGGACCUUCAGUAGAGUUAACAUCGUAUCAAAACAUUGUGGAGGAAGUUUUAUCAUGGCUGCUUAUAGCCGACGAUAGAAUAUCCACGAUGGAGCCGAUUAGUGAAAAUCUUAAUGAAGUUAAAGUACAAUUCCAGGAGCAUGAGAAAUUCAUGCUCUCCUUGACUGACCAUCAAGGUGACGUUGGUGAAGUUCUCCAAGAAGGCUCAAGACUGCUACAAGAAUCCAAACUUCCACCUGGCGAAAUUGAAGAAGUUAGAGCACAGAUGAAAUUACUCAACACCAAAUGGGAGGACCUGAGGGUAAAAGCUAUGGAUCGUCAAAAUAAGAUUCAUGAAAAAUUAAUGGCGUUGCAACUUGCCGAGCUUGAAGCAUUAAAGGAAUUUCUGACAUCCACGGAAAACCGAAUUUCUUUAAUUAAACCCCCAGAGAUACAUGAUGAAAAUUCAUUAAACGCGCAAUUACAAGAACAACAACUAUUACAUGAAGAUAUUUUGAAGGAACAAGAGAGGGUCGUGUCGUUUUCCAAUCUUGUAGUCGUUGUUGAUGAAAGUAAUCCAGACACAGAGUUUUCAAAUAUGGAAGACCAACUUGCAGCUUUAAGUGAACGAUGGUCACAUAUUUGCUCGUGGACAGAAAAACGUGGAAAAGUUUUAGCCAAACUAAUCGAUGCAGUUCCUAUGCACUUGGAAAAAUUAAAAGAAUUGGAGAACUGGUUACAUUCGCAAGAAAAACAAUUAAAAGAAGUUGAAGCAAAUCCUAACGAGAAUUCCGAAGAUACGUUAAUGGAAAGAUUUGAAAAGCUUCAAGGGUUGCAGGGAGAUAUGGAAAGUAAAAUGCGUGAAAUUGGUGAUUUACAAGAGACUUUACAAAGAAUUAGUGAAGAGUGCAAUAAAGAAGCGGGUGGAGAUACGACAUCGAAAUCUGGAGUCGAAAAGGGAUCCGAUCUCAACAUUGUUUCUGAUGGGGACAAUAAGCUAAUGGCCAAAAUAGAAUUACUUCAAGAUAGAUGGGAUGCCUUAUCGCAGAUUCUUGAAGCACAAAGCCAGAGGAUAACAAAGUAUGGAGUAGUUAAACCAGAUCCAAAAUCACCUCAUUUUGCCACUGGGAUUUCCGUUGAUUUUGUUGACAUUGUAUCAAUAUCUAAGCAGGACUUUCCGAAAGCAAAGAGGACAAAAAUAAUGAAUGAAUGGGAGAAUAAUUAUUCCCGAGUUAAUGAGUGGGUACUGAGAACCGAAGGUCUUGUCGAUGCCAGCCCUCCCAGUAUGUGCACGUUUGAUGAUCUUUCUGUCGAUGAGCAACUCAUGCUCUGGGAAGAUCUGGAAACCGAAAUGACAGGAAACGAAGAAGUGUACGAGCAAGCCCUAAAUGAUUCGAAAGAACUCAUCAAAUUUUUAAAGCUCGAAUCUCAAGACUCGAGUGAAAUUGAGAGCCAGGCUGAAGAGAUGGAAAAUAAAUGGAAUAAAGUUAAAGGUUUGUUGUCUAAACGCAAGGAGCUGAUAGACUAUUUGUUGGUCAAAAAACAACUAGCGAGCGAAAUGAGAUCUCUGUUAAAUGUCCUUGCAACUUAUGAAAAGUGGCUUGACAAUCAAAAAACGGUGUCACCUAUUUCUAGUGAGGGCAAGAGACUACUAGAACAGUGUCGUGUCAAAAAGAAGACCUUACUUUCUCAUGAGGGUCGUCUUAAUAAGUUUAAAACCAAAGCCAGUGAUACUUUUGAGCAACACAAAAACGCUGAAGAGGAUGCCGAACUUAAAGCAGACCUUGAGGGUUUAUUUUCGAAAUGGGAUUGUAUUGUGAAACGAUUGACUGAAAAGCUUAACGAACUGGAAGAUAUUAACGAUAUGACCAUUGAAGAGAAAUUUAGUGAAUCAUCUCAAAUUAUACUACAGUGGAUAAAUGCUACGGAAAGUUUCCUGUUGUCAGAAGAAGUUACAUUGACCGAUUUGCCAACAAUGAAACAACGACAACUAAAACUGGAAGAAUUUGUCAAUGCCACAGCAUCUCAUGAGAGAAACCUGGCAAAAAUUGACAAUUCGUCCCAAACAGUUUGCCCUGAAGCUGGUAGCAUCGACGAGUUAAAAUCCCGUUAUACUGAAGUAAAAGCUUUACUGGAAGAUCGGAACGACCAGCUUAAAUCAUUGAUUACAAAAGUGCAACAGUGGCAAGAAGAAAUGACUGGAUUAGAAUCAUGGUUGGAAGAAGUGGACAUAUUUGUAUGCGCAGAAACACCUGCUGUUGGGGAUCUUGAAACCUUAGAAGCCCAAUUGGAACAGUCAAAGGCGUUGCAAGUGGACGUCACAACUCUAUCUCCAAAGUUUUCCAGUUUAAACAAGAUCGGAAAAACGCUUAUAGAUGAUGCAGACGAAGGAUCAAUGCCUGCGUUGAAGACGAGGAUGUUCAAACUGAAUGCACACUGGAACGAGACAACAAAGAAAGCCAAAGAACAAAAUACAGUGUUAGGGAGUGCUCUUGAAAAGACUCAGAGCGUUGUUGAAGGUAUCCAAGAGACGACAACAUGGCUUGAUGCACUUCAGAACGAUUCCCCAACAGUCGGAGUAAUUUCUAGUCCAGCCGAUCUAGCUCGUUUGUCCAGGAAGUAUCAAGCUCUCAAAGACAGGGUAGAUAAAAAGGAAAAUGGAUUCAGAGUGUUAAAUGAUAAAGGAAAUGAAUUGUUACUCCUCCAUCAAAAACACUGCAAAGAUGAUUCUCGCCGAUCCUCCACAGUUCAAGAACUGGCUAGAACUUUUACUCAAUUAAAUGCUAGGUGGACAGAAAUAACUGGGAAUGUUGAUCGUAAUUGUAAAACAAUGAAAGAAGCCUCUUAUUUAUACGGAGAAUUUAGAAGUUUGGCCGCUCAAGAAAAUGAUUGCCUAGAUCGUAUGGAACGGAAAUUAAAAAAAUCAGUUGCAUCAGCCGCAGAUGUCGAAGAACUAUCAGAGGAUCUCGAUGAUAUCGAGUACAUGGGAGGGCAGCAAGAAGCACAGCUGGCAAAACUCCAAGAUAUCAGUCGACAGAUGGUCGAAAAAUCCGUAUUGUCAAAUUUUAUUCAAGCUGAUAUUGCACAAGUCACCACGCGCUAUUCUCAGCUAAAGCAACAGGCCGAAGAAAGAACAGUCUACUUACGGUCUGAAAUGUCGGUUGCUGAAAAAUGGGAGAUAGAAAUUCAAGAGCUAUGUGAUGUUUUGGAAUGUUCGGAUAAAAUAUUGUCUGCAAGGCUUGAGGCAAGGCUUGAGCACGAUCUCGCCCCAGAUGAUAUCCCUAAUGACACCCAGCAACUAUCUGACGAACUAGCUAAACAAGAAAAGCUUUUGGAAAACAUGGCGAAUCAAGUUGAAACAUAUAAAAAGGCUGGGAAGUUAGAGGCUGCUGCUCGGUUAGAAGAACAAAGAGAUUUACUCGAGGGACGCUUUAAUGAAGUACAAUCAAAGUUCACACAGUUCUCAUCACCUCCUCCAGAAUCAAAAAUUCUACCACGAAUUGAAAGAAUAUGGCGAUCUCUUCGUCAAGUUGAGCAAAAACUAUGCUUCUUGGAAUUGUCAUCAGAUGAGCCAGAAUCCAUCCAGAGUCAACUUAAUCAAUCAAUUAGGGAAUACGCAGUUCUUAGUGAAUUGAAGAAAGAAGUUGAACACGUUCUACGGGAAGGGAGACGUCAGGUCGAGGACAAAAAGGCCGACACAAAGCUUAACACUGAAUUGGACGCCAUGAAAGCAUUAUACAAUAAGUUGGGAAUGCAAAUCGCUUCCAUCCGAGGAUCUUUAGAAAAGGGGAUCACAAUUAGUUCCAGUAUGACAGAGCAGAUGCAGUCUUUGGAAUUUUGGCUUCAAGAAAGCGAAACUCAAAUUGAGGAGGGAUUUCCAGAUAAUGAGAAUGAAAUUGAAUUUUUGAGGGGUCGCGUUGAGGAGAUGCCGAGGUGGCAAAAAAUUAUCGAAGAAUUUGAGAAGAAUUAUGAAAAUUUCCUAAAAUUAGUGGAUCCUGUGUUGCUGGACUCGCUAAAAGAACGACGUGCAAUAAUAUUGGCAAGAUGGAACGGCCUCAGUAACGACAUGGUACAAAAACAUAAGGCAAAUAUACCAGAGGACAAAAUUCCAGAACUUGAAGCUGCACAUGAAAAAGUUGUCGAUGAUCUCAAAGACUGGUUGGAGAAGGCUGAACAUUUUUUGAAUCGAAUGACGGCUGACAACGUCUUAUUUUCGGAUGAGGAAAUUCUAGAGUUGCAAGCUCUGAAUGAAGAUCUAACAGAAAGAAGUGAUAAACUAGACAGCUUAAGAGAUAAAUCAAUCGACUUAAUUGUUGCAACAGGCGAUCCUUUUAGCGUUCAAAAUCCCCAGAAUUUAGUGAUUCAGAAAUUAUCACAUCGCUUAGAGUCAAUUGGUGUUCAGCUACAGAAUCUUAGUUCCUGCAUUGUCCUUGAUGAUGACUCAGCUGACGAAACACCUGCUGUCAGUACCGCUAGCGCUACUAAACAAUCCAAUUUUACCGCAUUUACGUCUGAUUCUAAUUUAACAAAUCUGGCUUCUCCUGGCAAUAAUUACACAAAUUCAUUUUCUGCAAGUGGAAUUUGCAAUCCAGGAUUUAAUUUCGAAGAUGAUGAAAACGAGGGCGAUAAGGAUGAUCACCCAAGAAUUCCUGCUGCUGCUACAGCUCGAGGAGAAGGCUUACUUUUUGAUUGUGAAUCGACAAGUGAAACAACUCCAGUAAGCCAUUCCUCGGACAUCCGUCAUCAUUCCAACUCCGUCAAGCCUCCCAGAAAUUCUAGUGUAAAAAGUGAUAAUACUACUACAAUAUCAGAAGGAUCGUCAUCCAAACCGAGAACAACCAAACAAUCCCAAGCUGACGAUGGCAAUGAUACAGAUGAAGAUGCAGCAUCUCUGUCAAUUUCUACCGUCUCCGAAGCUUCAACCGUAGUUCCUGGAGAAUCUUUUCAACUAGUCGAUCGUCCUGCUCCUCCUCCUGUCCCAGAAAAGAAGAAUCGUAAAUCUGUGAAGAGCAAUAAUAACGCGUCUUCUCUGGCGCUUACCUCUGGUCCAACUGUGCAAGAGAAUGAUAAUAGACCCCCAAGCCUCUCUGUGGAACCCUCAGCGUUUGCUAGGAUCGCCAAAACAUUUACAGGAAGCAAUGGGGAUUCUACAAAAGACAAAGAUCUACUCGGUUUUCAAAAGGAAGGCGAAUCCAUAUCUAGCACUAUGGCACGAAUGGCCAGAAAGUUAGAAGAGAUUGAAGAGGACGAAUGUCCCAGGAAAAGAGUUGAUGCCUUGGAAGUAGAGUUGAACGCAGUUGAACCUGAAGUUGCUCUAACAAUUAGCAAAGGAGAUUCUCUAGUCUUUAAAAUUUCAAAAAUUGACGUUAAAAAAGCUAAUCAAAUUCGAUCUGCGUUAGAUCUGUUAAGGUCGGAUUGGUUACAACUGAAAAGUCGUGCAGAGAGCCAAAAAUUAUUAGCUUUGAGAUUGGAAACUAGUCAACUCGAAUGCCAGUCAAUACUUCAACAGUUGGAUGAAUGGGUUUCUGAUGCUAUGCAGAAUCCUAAUAAAGAUUCUCGGGCCGUGCAAGAUGAAUUUACAAAGAAAGCCGUGGAAUAUCGUAUAUUGAAGAAAAAGUUUGGGGAUCUGAAGAAGCGAAAUGUCGUUGGACUGGCUCCAGAAAUGAAUGAAUUUGAAAACCAUUGGCUAGAGUUACAAAAUGCUAUGGAGGUUGCAAAACCAAAGAAACUUACUCAACAGCAACCUAAACAAGGCGCCAGAGAGGAUAGUUGUCCACCAAUUGUGAAACCUAAGCCCAUUUCUUUAGUGAAAAAGGAUACUGGUAUCCAAUCUACAGACUUUGUCAUGAAAACAAAUAAGUUGAGGGAACAAAUUGCAACUAUUACAAGAGCAUUAGGUUCUGCGGAAGACUUGAUUCGAGUUAAACAAGAUCUGGAUACAAUUAGUCCAAAAGUACUCGAAUUAGAAGACCAAUUCGAAACGGGGAUGCGAGGAACGCCAGAUCAAGUAACGCAAGGACAUCGAGUGCUAUCAGGGAAGAGUCUAUCAAAAAUGUUGGACGAAUGGUCUACUCUGAGUAUCACUGUUGGCCAACUUCUUCUGAGAUCACCUCCAAGUAAAAGUCCAAGUCCAGGUCCCAUGUUUUCUCCCGUUCCACAAACAACGGACAUUUUAGAUUUAGAGUCUUGGCUUGACGAAAUUGAAGUAAAAUUGAAAAGUCUAAAGGAUACCGCAAUUGAAGGAUCAGAGGAAGCUAAAGAAAGUCUUAAAGCUAUUGAAUCUCAAGUUUCCAAACGCCACAGGAGUGUUAUGUUGUUAAUGAGCAAGAAAUCUCGGCUCAGCCCCGCUUAUGAUGACUCAACUAAAAAGAUAGAAUGCAUUGGUACACGAUGGAGAAAUCUUUUAGCUGAAAUGACAAUGAGACGAGACAGAAUUUGUGGCGAAACUGGAGUUCAUAGAAUAACUGGGGGCAAAUGGUGGGAGCCUCAUGUCGUUCUCAGAGAUUGGAUUCGUCGAGCUACAGAAGCGUUAGAUGCUCCUGUUAAACUUGCCGAUGAACCUUUUCUAAGAAACUCUUUGUCAAAUCUAAAGAUUUUGGAACAUGAAAUUAUGGGCAAGAAACCAGACUUGGAAAAAUUACGGCAAAGCAAACAUCAUUAUGUCACUGAAGAGGAGAUACAAAGCUUUGCUGUUGAGAUUGCUAAACUGGCUGACGAGCUGCCAAAGAGAAGGAAAUUGGUUGAAUGUAAGCUGAUGAAUUUACGAAAGCUAACUUCCCACUUGGAUACCACAGCUUCGUGGGUUCUGGAAGUGAGAGCUCAGGUCGCAACUGCUAAGCAUCGACCCCCACAAGAAAAAUCAGCCGCUAUAGAAAACAUUAUGAUUCGUAUGGAGGACAAAGAAAACGAAGUAAUUGACGUCAUUCGCAAUUACAUCAAUUUGGAGAAGGAAUGUGAAGCUUCUGGUCAAUGCAUGACACCAGUUAUGCAGGAAAAGGUCCGACAGCUGAAGGAAGAUUGGGUCUACAUUAAAUCCAGAGGCGAGAUUCACACUUUAACUCCAGAAGGCGAAGCAAAGUUUUUCGAUAUUGUUGUUACAACUGUUGUCCCAACCACCACAUUAACCGAUCAGCCAGAGUAUCAGAAAGUCGUCACAAAGGCUGAAAUAGUUACGCUGCCAUCGGAAGGAUUUUCUGCAGGAAUCGAGGAAGAUUUUAUCCAAACACAUCACGACUUUGAUUAUAGCAGUUUAGAUGCCGGACAAUUGGAAUUAGUACAAGAGAUUGAUACUUUUGAUGAUUCAAUGACGCUCAACCUUAAAUCAAUCAAGCAGCAAUCGGUGGUUGUUGGGGAUGUUGAUAAUGUUAGAUGUGUUUUAGAAAAACAAAGAACGGUGCUGAGAGAAUUGGAACUGAAAAAGCCCCAGUUGGAGGAACUUCUUCAGACUGCAGAAAAUUUAAAAUCCGAAACAAAUCGUCAUAAUUUACACGGGAAAGUUAACAAGCUUAGAGAACACUGGUUAGAAACAAAUCAUGCGGUUGUGAGUCGUAUAACCUUAUUGGAAGAAUGCCUUUCGGAUUCGAUAAGAUGGGAAUCACAAUUAAGAGACGCAGACGCGUGGAUGGGCAAGAUGGAGGCCCGGAUAGCUGCAGUAUUCAAUACACACAUGGGCGAACAUUCUGAUAAUUUUAUGAAGGAUCAAAAGAAUCUACAUCUCGAGUUACAUCAGUACAAAAAACAAAUCGAAAACUUUCAACAUCAUACGCAACAAUUAAUUUCCACAUAUCAACAAGAUGAUACGACUCGUAUUAAAAGAGCAACGGAACAAGUCAAGAAUCGGUACGCUCACAUGAACAAUAGUGUGGUCUCUCGUGGACGUGCUUUAGCAGCUCAGGCGACCAAUUCCACAAUCGAUAGACAAUUGGAAGCCAAGUUAGCUUGGAUUGCUGAGUGUGAAAGAUCUCUUGACGCUUUAGAGAAUGAAGCACACCGGUUUGGAUCGAAUCCUCAACGGGACUCUACCGGAAACACACUUCAGCGAUUAAAGGAACUUCAAUCGGAACUCGAAAAUCAUGCUGCCACGAUAUCCGCUCUUGGUGGGUCAGCUCGAACAGCUGCAGCUGUUGGAGCUGAGAGACAAGAAGAUGCUUCCGUUUUGUUGCGUAGAUUGGAUGAGAUGAAUCAACGAUGGCACGGUCUGAAACAACGGUCGAUGGCUAUUAGGAGCCGCCUCGAAAGUAAUACGGAACACUGGCACGCACUUCUUUUAUCACUGAGAGAACUGAUUGAAUGGACAAUCCGGAAAGACACUGAGCUUACUGCUUUAGGACCUCUCGGUGGGGACGUUAUCAGUUUGCAAAAGCAAAUGGAUGACAAUCGUGCGUUCAGAAGACAGUUGGAAGCAAAGCGGCCCAUCAUUGAAACCAACUUGAUAAGUGGUAGACAACACGUCGCAAAUGAACCUCCGGUGUCAGACGCAAGCGAUGCUGAAGCUCGAGAUAGUGACAUGCGAGGAUAUCGAAACGCAGAGUCCGCAGCACGAGAUUUAACCCGAAAUAUAAGGCGUGAAGUCACAAAGUUGUCAGAAAUUUGGGUUUCAUUACUCAACCGCUCUGAUGUUUGGCAGCAUCGUUUAGAAGAGACUGUUUCGAGAAUGAAAACAUUCCAGUUGAUGCUUGAUGAUGCAUCCGCUCGCCUUGCGACUGCAGAAGCAAUAAAAUCAAGAUGGCAGACAAUUGCUGCUGCUGCAGACAAGUCAACAUUAUUGGAUCAACUGAAGACAUUUCGGGAACACAUUUUUGCAACGCAAAAAGCGGUGAAUGAGAUUAAUGAACACGCUGGUACCCUGACAGCAUCACACGUUGUUCACGAUUUAAAUCUUAGACUGAGGAAUUUGCAACAAAAUGCGGAUGAGAAAGAAAAUGAAUUGGCAAAAACUGGUUCAAGUGGCACUGUUCCAUCUGUUAUCGCUGUUAUUCCACCUUCCGGAAAAUCGUCCGUAGAUCCUCCUUGGGAGCGGGCUGUUACAGCAGCUAAAGUGCCUUACUACGUCAAUCAUCAAACGGAAACAACUCAAUGGGACCAUCCUAAGAUGUCAGAAUUACUUGGUUCACUUGCAGAGUACAACGAAGUACGAUUCUCCGCUUACAGAACCGCUUUGAAACUCCGGGCACUCCAAAAAGAACUUAAAAUUGACAGACUUCCAUUGAAAACCGUUGUGGAAACCUUUGAUUCACUUGGAUUGCGUGGUCAUAAUGACCGAUUACUCGAUGUUCCAGAUAUGAUUUCUACACUUAACACGUUAUACAAUCUAUGUUUAAAUCAACAACAAUACUCUACAUUACAAAGUGGAAAAAACGCUCCAUCACAGACAUCAAGCAGUAAAAACGCACCAUCUCCACCGCAAGAACCCCCUGUUAAUAUUCCCUAUGUGACUGACAUGGCUAUUAAUUGGUUGCUCAAUGUGUACGACUGUCAAAGGACUGGACAGGUUCGAAAUCUGUCUUUUAAGGUCGGCCUUGUUGUACUCAGUAAGGGUCCGAUGGAAGACAAAUUUCGAUAUCUAUUUCGCUUGGUGGCAGACGUAUCUAAACAAGUAGAUCAACGAAAACUUGGUCUAUUAUUGCAUGAUUGUAUUCAGAUUCCAAGAAUGUUCGGAGAAGUUGCUGCAUUCGGUGGCUCGAAUAUCGAGCCAUCCGUAAGAAGCUGCUUUGAGAUAAAGGCUGGGAGGGAUAAAGUUACCAUCGAGGCACCUACCUUUUUGGAAUGGGUCAAGCAGGAACCACAAAGUUUGGUUUGGUUACCAGUAUUGCACAGAAUUGCAGCAGCAGAAGGAGCGAGGCAUCAGGCCAAGUGUAACGUAUGCAAAGAGUGUCCUGUGUUAGGAUUAAGAUAUCGGUGCUUAAAGUGUUUCAAUUUUGACAUGUGUCAAAAAUGUUUCUUUGGAGGAAAGAAAUCCAAGAAUCACAAGUUGACGCAUCCAAUGCAAGAGUAUUGUACAGAGACGACUUCUGGAGAGGAUGUAAGGGACUUUACUAAAGCUUUGAAGAAUCGUUUCAAGUCCAAACGGUCUCUACAAAAACAUCGCAAAUUGGGAUACUUGCCUGUGCAAUCAGUUUUAGAAGGUGAUAUGCUUGAAUCACCAGCCCCGUCACCUCAACAUUCCUUAUCUCCAGAUAUCCAUUCUCGCGUCGAUACAUAUGCAGCAAGAUUGGCUGAAGUAGAAAUACGUAAUCGAAGUAAUUCCGGAAAUAUUAGGAAUACGCCUGAUUCGGAGGAUGAACACAGUCUCAUAGCUCAAUACUGCCAAUCGCUUUCCCGUGGUGAUGGCGUUAUACCACGAAGUCCUAUUCAGAUUGUUGCAGCGAUCGACGCUGAACAAAGUGAACAAUUAGAGGCUGUAAUUCGCUCAUUGGAAGAAGAAAAUGCUUCCCUACAAGAAGAAUAUGAACGAUUGAGACACAAAUCUCAGUCUACAGGACACCCCAUCACUCCAUCUGAAGAAUUGAAGUUGGAUCAUAGCAAUGGAAGCUUGCCCCCUCUGAAUGGAAACCAGCACAAACCCAACUUUUACCCCUCAAUGGAUUCCAAUGAGAACAACAUUGUUGCUGAAGCUCGCCUUUUGAGACAACACAAAAACAGGCUGGAAUCUAGAAUGCAAAUUUUGGAGGAUCACAAUAAUCGGCUUGAAGCUCAAUUACAACGGCUCAGACAACUUUUAGAUGAACCGAAACCAAAUUCUCCGUCAAAGACAGGAACGCUACAAAGCAAGUCGGUCGUGGCAGCAGAACUCGCCAUUGAUUCCCCUCUUCCUCAGAGGGCCAAUGGUCACGGACAUCAUGAGGGUGUUGCGAGUCAAUGGCAAGCACCACCUGCUCCUACUAGCACAACGGAUGACAGACCUCCUCCACCCACGCCUGGUUAUAAUUCUGCCACGGCCAGUGUUGAAGAACUCCUUGCGAGGACAUCAGACUUAGGGAAAGCUGUUGGUGAAUUGGUUCAAACAAUGACGGAUGACGAACACGAAGAUUCUCCUGAACAGGACUACCUCAAGCAACGAUCAAGUUAUGACGAGCGGCCAAAUCAUUGAUGAUAAAAACUAAUUUUGGAGAUUUGUUAUCUUAGUAUUUAUUACAUAUUAUUACAUACAGUCAAUAACUUUGUUUGUGAUUGGCUGUAAAAGAAUACAGUACCUUUUCUAUUAAUUAUUGUUACCUUUCUAACAUAACCUAAUAACUGACCUUGCGGGUAUUAACUAGACUCUGAAUGAGUCUUCCUAAAUAUUUGUGAAUUUUAUACUCUCGAUGAUCGUCUUUGUUGUACAUACAUACAUAUUCAAUAGUGUAUGGAAGCCAAACUGAAAGUGGUGUGUAAGUGCAUAAAUUAUUAAUGUACUUUUAGAGUUAUGACUCAAUCGCACACCGGUGAAAUUAAUUAUGAUUAGAGUUAUUCAUUUUUUAAAUACUUUAGCAAACAAAUUACUAUUACCUCUGUUGAAUAAUUUUAGUAACAUGUGUAGUUGAGAAAGGUGCAUCAACACUUACAUUAUUAUAUCGUGUUCAUAUACAUCGAAGUUAUCGAUGCAAAAAGUUUAUAUGUAAUUAGUUGUGCAUAUAUUAUUAUAGCACGUCUGUCGUGUUAGUCGGUUGUCUUCGUCUUUUUGUGCAGCAAUACCGCAAUCAUCACGGUCUAAAAUUAUAUACUACUUGAUGAUGAAACAUAUAUAUUUCCAAUCUACAGCACAUUGAAUAACUAACAAAGGCAAUUAUUAACUUUUAUGUACCUAUUUAUAUUCUUCAGUGUUAAAGAAUUUCUACCCGUGUUCAUCCCAUUAUUAAUUGUCGUUAAGAAUUCUCUCAUACUUUUCAUACGUAGUAAUAUGUCAUACACCUACAUAGUAAGUAAUCAUGAUCAUCAUCAGCCUUAUAUUUUUUUACAUGGUACAAGAAUACUAUACAUAUUAUUACGUUUGUAGAAAAACGCUCUUGAAUUUAUCUUUACCAAACUAAUUACUGUAGUCUAUCCUAUUAACUAUCCAAUGAAUUAUACAUACAUACGUGAAAGCAAUAUUAUGUUAUUAACAGGUAUUGUGUAGGUAGGUAGAAGUGUGUAGCAGGGACUUUUUGGAAGUAAUUGACAUGUCAAAUCCAUAUCAAAACCUACUUAUAAUAAGGAGAAGGAACACUCCUCUUGAACUGUAUAAUAUCAACAAUCAUGUAUAUGCAACCACCGACUGUCUAUAUAAAGGGAAAUGUCCAAAUCUUUUGGGCGAUGCUGACGUACAAAAAUUUUUAUCAAUCAACCAUUGCUUCCAGUUCCUAACGGUUAAUAUUUGAUAGCAGUAAACAAAUUGUGCUCUACUGUUCUGUUCCAUGUAAUUCAUCAAUGUAGAAUUUUAUAUCUUUAGAAAAUUAGAAACUGAAAACAAUUAUUUACUACAAAUAGUGUCCUUGCUUUUAAUUUUUAGCCUUCAUUGUCAAGUUGUAUAAGUAAGCAAGGCCAUCAGCCAUCAGAAACCACCAAAAGCAGCCAUUUAAAAAGUAAUACUACUUAUUCUAACAUAAUUUUGUAAACAACAAAUUUCGUAUUAUCAGCGAAAUGAGUUCCAAUCUAGCUCAUUUUUAUUAGCAUUUUAAUUAACGUACGCCAUGAUGAUUACCCAACUUAACCAAACUAAUUAUUACGAGUCAAUAGUCUUAACCAACAACAACCAAACACCAAGUAAUUAAUGAUAAAAUUAUACCUCAUACAGAGAAAAUCCAGUAGUUUAAGCUAAACUUAAAAUACAUACGUAUGUGUCAUAAAUACAUGCAUAAAAAUAAGUGGACGUGACGUAAAACCAUUAAAAAAACAACUUGUUACAUGUUUGCUACUUUUAACAGAAGGGAAUUGUGCAACUCCAAAAUGAAUAAAUAAAAGUUGAGACUGUAGUGAAAUUGGGAA